CCCGUCGUCGUUAUACGUUAUACGUUAUACGUUAUACGUUAUACGUUAUACGUUUGAAGGUCAAGAAUAGACUUUGUCUUCGCGAGUUGCUGGCUGUUGUUCUUGAGAAAUCCUGAAUGAUUCAGCCCUUCCAUCAUACAGAAGAAAUACUCGUCACUCAUUGGCUGAAGGCUGUGCUCUGCUCAGUAGCACAAUGAGCAUACCAUAUAUUUAUUUGGCAGCCCACUGUGCUCUCUGCUCCCAUGAUCAGGAACACUCCACAAGGAUGAGGUGCUGAGCGCAUGCAGUAGAUGUUGUGUUCCGAGCCUCCAUCAUUCACCUCCAUCAUUCUAUCCUAAAGAGACGGCUCUAGGUGUCGGUGGCCGUGGAAGAUUUACACCAUCAUGGCAGGCUGCUCUAAAUGGUUACAGCAUGGAAAGUACUGGUUUCUGGUGUGCUUAGUCUUGUGUCUCCUAGGUUUGGUCAUUGUUCUGGUCAUCAACGACGCCAGUAUCGAUGUCAUGCAGAGGACUAUUACUUCCCAUCGUAAAAACCUCGGCAGAUACUCUAAAGAUGCGAUCGCACCCCUCUUAUCGAGCAUGCUGGGAGGCUCCAAGACAGCAGCAGAGCUUAAAGAUGGAGAGAAAACCUCCAUCAAUGGGUCAUUCUUCAGGUCAACCCUAGAGGGAAUCCUAGACAAUGACUUCAGCCAAGCUCCGGAGCUAUCCAUACCACAGAUGGUCAUAGAGGAGAGGAAAUAUCGCCAUGAUGACCAGUUUGAAAAGUACCUGAAAUGUCCCACCACAGUGCGGAAGAAGAUGCUGGACAAUCCCAAUAUUCGAUCCAAGUUUGUCUCUGACAUCCCGAUCCUCAUGUGGGAUAAGCACUUCAAUGCCAGCGAGUUCAGAAGACUCACCAAGUACAAGGGCGUCAAUGGAUGGAGGGACAUUAAUUAUACAGAUGUUCGUGGCAUGGUAGGGCACCUGAACUCCCCCAACAAUCAGUACAUGUUUGAUGACAGGUUACGGAAGGCCCAAGUUCCAUCAAACGAUUGCAUAACAUGUGCAAUCAUCGGCAACGGAGGCAUCCUCAAAGACUCGGGCAAGGGAGCAGAAAUCGAUGCGCAUGACUAUGUCUUCAGAGUAAACGCAGCACUCACCAAAGGUUUUGAGAAAGAUGUUGGUAAAAAGACAUCCUUUUAUUGCUUCACCUUGAUCACACUCCACAACACACUGGCACUGAGGCACAAGACAAAAUUUGAAAUACCCAAAGGAGAUGAGAAUCUUCGUUACCUUUUCUUUGCCGAUUCUGACUGGACUUACACGUAUCUAGCUGCAGCGCUGUCUGGGAAACCUCUACCUAAAAGCACAGGCAAAUACCACAGAGGUCCCCCAGCAUUUCCCAAGCAACUGACAGCAGAUAAUGUAAAAGUUAUACAUCCAGAUUUUGAGAGAUAUCUGAAGUGGAGUUGGGUGAAUUCCUCAGCUCAACAUAAAGAUGUCCACAGACCUACAACAGGUGCAAUCAUGCUACUAGCAGCCUUACAUACAUGUGAUCAGGUCAGUAUAUAUGGCUUUGCAGGGAGCUACUCUGCCUACAGUGAACAUUACUAUGACAAGGAAUAUUCCAAGCAUGUCAACUAUGCAAAUCAUGACAACAAUGCCGAAAAUAAGCUCUGGCAAUACUUAGACGAGCAAGGCAUUGUCAAUCUGUAUCGCAGGACCCCCAAGGAGGGAAAGUGACAGGACAGAUUGAAUCGGUUGGGCGAGCGGAAUGGAGAUCGUCGUUAAUCAAGUCUUAAUGGUGUAUGAUUCAAGUACUAUGAUCGUGAGGAUCAAGUUUGUUAAGUGAUGCCUUGAGCGAACUGUUUCUUCAUCUGUUUCCGUCCCCUCCCAAGAGUCCCGACGAGUGCAUUGAAAUCUUUUUGUGGUUGCCUAGCUAGCACUCUCUUGAGUACGUAGAGACCUCCUACAAACGUGACACAUGCCGAGUGUCACUGGCAUUGCAUUGAAGCGCAUGAGAAGAACAUGAUGAUCGAUGGCUAUCCAUAACCAUGACAAGCUGCAGUGUACAACGACAUGAAAUGAGACAUCAUUAUUGUGAAUGGCUUUACAGGCCACUGACAAAAUUAGCAGUCUGAGACUUUUUAAUAGUGCAAGACAGGUUUGCUGUACAGACAGUUUAAUCAUGUCAAUUUUUUAAAGUAAAAAAUUAAGAUGAAUAUAUCACCUUCUCUCGUGUGGGGUUUUGCUUUAAAAAAUAUAUAAUCUGAAAAUAAGUAUUAUUUCUUUACUUUAACCAAAUCAUAAACCUGUUGCAAUAGAGAGAUGGUUUUGAUUAGUUUUUUUUUAGUAGUAAGGAUUAAGCUACAUUCAUUAUUUUUUCCCUUUCUUUUUUGUAAAUACUUGAGAAUUUUCUUCAUGAAUAUGUAUGCAUAGAUCUCCUUAAUUUUCAAAUUUGUAAUAUAUUUUCAUAACUUUAUAACUGUAUAGAUAGUGCUGCAAAUCCCUAGAUGUUGAGUUUAAAAAAUGAACUGCUAGCUUUUAGAUGUAGAAAUGUAGAGUUGCUUAGGAAAUGAAUGCUUGUAUAUUGAUGUUGCCAAAUCUAAGAUGAGAUGUACUAACGGUAAGUUAAUCACUGAUUAUGUAUUUAAAGUCUUUCACUGAUCAUUCCAUGUGCUUUUACAUUUGAGAUUUAAACAAGAGAGUAGAUGAAAUGUUUUACUUGGGAAUGGGGAUUUUCAGUGUUGUCUGUUUGUAUGAUUGCUUUGUUUAAUUGUUCAUUUGUUUGUUUAAUUGUUGGUCAUUAAUGUUUCUGCUCUAUUCCUAUUUGCUUUUACAUUUGAAUUGUAAAUGAAAGAAUAGAUGAAAUAUAUAACUUGGGUUUUCUGUAUGUCUGUUUCCAUUUGUUAUGUUUGUUUUGAUUUGUUUGUUUAUUUGUUGGUCAUGAAUGUUUCUGCUCUAUUCCCUUUGGUCUGUUUGUACUGUAAGAUUGACCUAUUUUCCUUGUGGACAGGAAUUAUUUGAUGUGAUGGCAAAGACUUACAAAUAUUAUCCAGUUUUAAUGCCUGUAGAAAUUGUCAUCAGAUUACAUAAUAUUAAUGUAUCAUUGUAAUGCUCUUACAUUUUAACCCAUGAUUCACAAGACUAUUGAAAUAGUCUGAGCUCGAUUUUAAAAAUGUCUUUUUGAUUGCUUUAUUCAUUCGUUCAGAAGGUUCCUUCCGUGAAUGGAAAUUCAAAGGAAUAUUCAAUAAUCAAAGUUUAUAAAACUCUCUAAAUGAUAACAUUAUUAUUAAAUGCAAUAUCUGUUUGAAAAAUCAAUUCAGACAAAAAUCUCGAAUUGUAUAGCUAGUUUCAUUACAUGUGUACACUUAAAAAUGGCAAUCAUGUUUCAGUGUUAUAUCACAGAAAUUCAGUCUGCAAUUACAAGUCUGCAAACUUGCUAAAAUUGAACAAUAAAUGUUAUGUACGCUUCUAGAAAUUCCUUAUGUUAAUGUUAAAACUAUCUCCUUAUUUUAUGUUCCCCUGUGUAUCCCCUUUUCACUAUUUUUAUGUAAGAUGGGCAAUUGUAUAGCAGAUAGUAAGUACUUACGUAUAUGCAUUCAAAACUUUAAUGUAUCUAUUCUAUAUAUGAUGAAUGUAAGUUGAAUUUUCUCAGUACCAAUGCAUUUUGAAUUUUGUGUAGGGUCAUCUUUGCUCUAACACACAGAAGGCAAUCUACAUUUGGUAUACAUGUAAGUUGUAACUAUAACCCCUCCAAAAAAAAGUUUGGAAACUCAAUUUUGAAUGGUAAUAUCUCUCUUGUUAUGGCAUGAUCAUCGUUAUGAUUAGUAUCGUUAAAAAGUGUGUUUAUUUUUGUGUAAAAUAUUACCCCAUUCGUUAUGAUUUAUCAGUCAUGGAAUGUGCAUUACAUCAGAACAAGGGGCAAGGUCAAAGGUGAAAAGUUGCAAAAUGCACUGCUUCCUUUCUGGCUGUGCAUUCUCCCUUCUUUAAAGAGUUUAGGGCUGCUGUGUAGUACGCUGCACGGCAAAACCAGUGCUUAGCAGUGCAUUUGACAUCUUUUCACCUUUGACCCUGCCCCUUGUUCUGAUGUACUGCUCAUUCCAUGGCUGCAAAAUCAUAACAAAUAUGGUAUCAAUGUAUGAUACUAAACGAAGCGAUAAUUAUCCCAAGACAAGAUAGAUUAUAAUCGAUCAAACUUGAGUUUCCAAACUUUUUUUUCGAGGGGUUUAUAUUGUGGUUCUUGAAAAAAAAGGAGUGCCUUGUAAAUUAGACUUCUAACUGUUCAUCAGUACUCAAACCUUUGUUUGUAUUUUUUUAAGAAGGAAUUUGUAGAAGGGUUUAUACCAAAGCUUUUACCUGUAAAGAAUUAGGUUUCAACUUUCAAAUCAUGUCGUAUGAGAAUUGAUACUCGGCUCUGUGGAGUUUUUUCAAGAAACUCUGAUAACUGGUGUAUAAU